CAUCCCUCCGCGACUAGGGUUUGGUGCGCGGCCUCGUCUCCGCCGCCGGCAUGCCUCUGGCGGUCCUCUACGCCUCGUCGCAUGGCUCCUCAUGCGGCUGCGCCUGCUGGACGCUGCUUCUCCACCACAAGGCAGCGGCAGAGGAGGGCCUUAUCCACCACCACGCAAUGGCAGCCAAGAGAAAAGUAGUAGAAGGGGAUGAGGAAGGAGGAGAAAGACCAGAAGAAGGGCAAGGGAGAUUUCUUUACAGCUUGUUGAAUACCAAUGGUGUUCUCCUCUGUUUGAUUACUAUGGCUGGUUGCUUGUUUAACUUUUGUGUGAGAAAUAAUGGAGAUCAAGUGAGAUUACCUGUGAGGUCGUCCACCGCGACUGUCACUGUGAGGUUGGUUAUUUCCCUACAAACAUUGCUCUAUUGUAGCCUAGUUCGUUUCUAUGCUGCUGGUUGUGAAACCAAACUAGGUGGGGGUGUGUGUGAUGAGGUUUGGUUUAGUGCUUGAUGCCACCGGACUGUAGGUUCUUGUGUAGGACUACUUGUUAUAUAACUCUGGUUCCUGAUGAGAUCAUGUAUAUACUAGGCUAGUUGCACUUUGGUUCUAUCUAUUUCAAAUCAUAUUUGGUCAUUCAUGUAUGUAUGUGUGUGCGCGUGUGCGUGUGCGUGUGCGUGUGCGUGCGCGCGUGUGCGCGUGUGUGUGUGUCUGUCUCUCUGCCUCUGCCUCUCUGCCUCUGUCUCUCUGCCUCUGUCUCUGUCUCUGUGUCUCUGUCUGUGUCUGUGUGUGUGUGUGAUGCAUGUGUGCUUCGAUUUGGAGCAGCAGUAGGACGACGACGAGAGGACGAGUACCUCGACGGCGACGACAACCAGGAGGAUGAACCCACCCACAAGGGCACCGACGCCGGCCAUCAGAACGACGACUCUUCGUCCUGCACCACCUCACGCUGCGACGGCUACAGGUAAUUUUUUGGGGAUUGCCUAUGUUUCAAUCCUAUGGAUCCGCUGCAUGCUUGGUACUACUUGCAAUCUGCCUUUCAAGUAGAUCCAAUCAACAUCCAAGUUUCUGAAAAUUCAGUUUAGAAUUAUAUGCAAUUCCAUCAGUAGAGAGAGAGAGAGAGAGAGAAAGGGGGUCCAUGGUCUAAACAUACACAUCAUCUGCAAUGCAAUCGAGAGAGAGGGAGAGAGAGGCAUCAGCUGAGUGUGGAUGAAUUUCCUAACCCUAAUAGGCAAUGCCAAUUUAUUUCUUGAGCCACAUGCUUCCUGGUAGGUAAAUUCAAGAAGGUUCCGUUAGUGUUGGUAAUCUGUACUUGUGUUAUUCAAGAGGUUGUAUUAUUUUGAGAAGGCAAGAGGUCGUAUUUACAGUAUGUUUCAUAAAUCCUACAAUAUGUAUAGCUUCCCAUCUCGAUUAUUUUCAGGAUUGCGAUCCUUUUGACGUAUUUAAUUUUCCUUUAAUCAUUGGGACUGGGCAUGGGUUUGAGCUCUCUGUUUUGUGCACUGGUUUUAGCUCAUUUAUGCUGCCUAAAUUCUGCUUUACUUCCAAACGCAACGCACUAAUUAGUGCAUGUACAUGGUUAGUGAAGGAAAGUUUGCAGUUGCAGCCGUCACUCUAGAUGAUUAUCUUUCGAUGCAAAGUACUGAAGUGAAAAGUUGGUGACUUGCUUUCUAAAAUAUGAAAGCAUUAGUUUCUUGUUCUAUUCAUUUCAUCAUAGAUUUGGUAGCACAAAAAUGGCAUACUUAGAUAGGUUAACUCUAAAAUAACACAAAUAAUGAAUAAGAUGGAAAAAACAAGGAAGAGGAGGAAGAGAAGGAAUAGGAAGAGCUCUUCUUCUUCUUCUAGUCUUCUUCUUCUUCUAAUUUCUUAC